UUCAUGGAUUUAAGUGAAACGUGAGUUUACAUUUAUGCAUGUGAGUAGUUUGCUGUUGUGUGAGCUGCAGGAGUGGAAGCUUAUAAGAAGUACGAUGGCUUCAAGGUUCUGUGGAGUCCUCGUCCUGCUUGCAGUGUUCCUCAGUGGACUGAAUGCCUCAAGACCCGCUGUAAACCAGGAACUGUCCAAUAUUUUCAAUGAGCUGUGGAGGCUGGAUGUGAACCGCAUGAAGCCUGGGAUAGAUUACACACUCUCUGUUCAGGGUAGAGCUGGUUAUGUGAGCCAGGGCAGUAAUGUAGCUCGGGAUCACGCAUCACAGCCUCUCUUCUCUAAUGUUAAUGAGAACAAACUGAAGACCACCACCACCAUCUCCCGCUUCAUGAAACUCCUGGACAACUAUGAGCGAUCCACAGGCGUGACGGAGCGAGUCACAACAGAGGAGCUGCUGGAGAUUAGUCUCUUCCUGGAUGCUGUCUUACAGACAGAAGUCAUGAAGCGAGCUCACAGGUACCUGGUGAGCAAAGGACAGUCGAGCUCCAACUUGCGGCAGUUUAAGAAUCAGUUGCAGUUGAUCUGGUUCAAUCUCUACCACAGACAGAGAAACACCGGCCUGGACUCAAGUGGAUUUGAGCACGUCUUUGUUGGAGAGACGAAAUCUGGAACAGAAAUUGUUGGUUUUCACAACUGGAUCCAGUUCUACCUGCAAGAAAAAAACCGCCAUUUGGACUACAAAGGAUACAAGGCCAGAGACCACGACUUACCAGAUCAAGACGACCAUGUUCUGAACCUCCAGUUCAGUUGGCACAGUGUGGUGAAGCCCGUCGGCAGCGCCUUCAUCGGCACCAGCCCUGAGUUCGAGAUGGCCCUCUUCACCAUCGUCUUCCUCAUAAACACCGAGAGAAGCACCACAGUGCUGGUCAACAUCGACCAGUGUCAGAUGGAGCUGGUGGUCAUCCGACACGGACGCUCCCUCGGGACAGCGUACCCCAGACUGAUGAGCAGCAACAGCCGACACAUUAGACAGAACUCACAGUGAUGAGGAGGAUCUCAUCUUCACUUUUCAUACAGUUACUGUAUAUUCAUAUCCUCAUUAUGUUCAUACACAAGAAUAAUGAGCUACUAGUGGACAGGCAUAGUAUAUAUACCUGCAUUUUUUAUUAAGGCCAUUGUAAACUCUAUUACUGUGAUAAAUAAAUCAUUCUAUAAAGAAACUGAUGAAGUUUUAAUAUUUGAUGUUUUUAUGCAAUGUCCUCAGCUAAUAAAAUGAUUUCCAUUUAA